UCUCUUUAAUCGUCUUCCUGUUACAUAAUAAUCUUCACUUAACUUAAUUAUAAUGUUUAGCGCCCUCCCUCCACCUCUCCCCGGCUAACGGAGGUGUUUGCUCCGCCGGUGACUCCAGCAGAGGAAUGAGUCCAUGUUUGCUCUCCCCGGCGUUCCUCCUCCCUCCCCUUCACCCCGUGCCAAGAAGGCAGCAGCAACAAGUGGCGUAUUAAAGAGCCGCCCGUGCGAGGAGGAGUUCAGUUCGCCUUCCCGUGCUCGCCGGCCAGCAUCUCGGUGCCUCUCUUUUCCCGUGGUUUUAUCGUCCCUUCCUACCCGGGGGGUGGAUCUGAAUCAACGCCAUGAACUGGGCCUUCCUCGAGGGCCUCCUCAGCGGGGUCAACAAAUACUCCACGGCGUUCGGACGCAUCUGGCUCGCCAUCGUCUUCAUCUUCCGCCUCCUGGUCUUCCUGGUGGCCUGCGAGAAGGUGUGGGGCGACGAGCAGAAGGACUUUGACUGCAACACGCGGCAGCCCGGCUGCCACAACGUCUGCUACGACCACUACUACCCCAUCUCCUACACGCGCCUCUGGGCCCUGCAGCUCAUCUUCGUCACCUGCCCGUCCCUCCUGGUGACGCUGCACGUGUCCUACCGGGAGGAGCGCGAGCGCAAACACCGGCUGAAGCACGGGGACGACUGCGUCCCGCUGUACCGCAACACGGGCAAGAAGCGGGGGGGCCUGUGGUGGACCUACUUCCUCAGCCUGCUCUUCAAGGUGCUGGUGGACGGCGUGUUCGUCUUCCUGCUGUUCUACAUCUACGAGGCCACGUUCUUCCCGCCGCUGGUGAAGUGCAGCGAGGAGCCGUGUCCCAACGUGGUGGACUGCUACAUCGCCAGGCCCACGGAGAAGAAGAUCUUCACGAUCUUCAUGGUGGUGACGAGCUUCCUGUGCAUCCUCCUCACCCUCAUCGAGAUCUUCUACCUGUGCGGGAAGAGGUUCGUGGAGUGCUGCCAGGCGGGGCGUCCCGCGGCGAGGGACAACUCCUUCAUGAUGGUCAGAACCGCUCUGAGCGGGAAGGAGAACUCGGCGUUCAAGGAGCCGCUAACGGAGAAGAGAAAGAUGGUGGACAGCGGCAAUGAGAGUUCAGCCCCGGCGUACAGCAUAGCGGUCUCCUGAGAGACGCGUUUAUGGGUGCGACUAUAUAUGAUAUAUAAUAUAAAACUAUGUUUGAUAUCUUUUGUACUGUUGGCCACAUUUACCUGCAGAAAAUGUAGUUUUUUUCCGAAGGUCAUGUAUAAUUUUCUGUCCUUUUUUUUUUUUUUUUACAUCAAAAAGAUGUAAAUAUUUUCGUUCCAUAACAUUUUUGGCUUUCUAAAAGGCUUUUGAAUAUAAAAAAAACCUGAUGAAUUAAAAAAAGGUGAUUUACUGUAAUCUGACUAUUUAUAAGAACGUGUGUAUUCUUGUUGUUAUCUGAGACCUGCAUGUGUUUGUACUUGAAGCAGAAAUUAAGGUGAUAUUUUUUAAUAAACAACCAUCUUGUGAAAUUUUG